AUGCGUAAACAGGAUCUGUGGAACCAACAUGCAGAUUCAUAUUUGGCUGAGCCAAGACGGAAAUCAAAAUUUAGAAACGCUCAUACCGCAAGUGAGAAAACUCUGCAAGCUAUGCUUGCUACUUUUCUUUUGGACUUUUUCUGUGAUAGCAUCCCUGUAAAUAGUAGAUCUCAAAUAAAAGCUGAACUGUGCAACAUUAUGAUAAAACUGAAGUUGAUACCAUCCACUUUUCUUUCCGAUGAUUAUUCUGCUAUUCGAAAUGCUUUCUCAGGACUCUUAUCAGAUGUUAUUAGUCAAUCGUUUUCAACACAACUUCAGACUGUAUAUAAGCCUCUUCUCGGUAGUGAGAACCAUUUUAAUAAAAGCAGAGAUCGAUAUCAAACAGAUUUCAUUGAAUACGAAGAAAUUGGACGUGGAGGUUUUGCAACAGUUCAUAAGGUUAAAUCCCGAAUUGAUAACUGUUUCUACGCCAUAAAAAAAAUCAAAUUCAAAAAGCGUUUUCCCGAAAAUUCAGCAAAGAUUUUAAACGAGUUGCAAGUGCUAGCGCAGUUGAAUCAUAAAAACAUAGUUCGUUAUCAUUCUGGUUGGGUGGAUAUGGGGCGUUCUAACGAAAUCAGUUCAUGUCCGAACUCACCUUUAAAGAUCACUGAAAUUAAAGAGGAUGAUAGUUGGCCUAGUCAGAGAGAAACAGAGGAUGAUAUCUCUCCUCAAGCUUCAAUUGAAGCGGAUGGAAUAUAUUUCGAAAGAAGCAAUGGUGAUAAGAACGGUUCUUUAUCAUCAUCCUCUCAUGAUGAUGAUGACAUGAAAGCGGAAGAGAAAGAGAACAAAUUUGACGGCAAAAGUAAAUUCUGGGCCAAAGCUGUUGACUCCGUGACAACCGACGGGGAACCUAGUUGUAGUAAAUCUAUGAUGGACAGCUUACCUGAAGAUAAGACUGAGGUUAUGGACUACGCGAAAAAUAAUUUGAAGUUAGUAAUUUAUAUCCAGAUGGAGUUAUGCACGAAAACACUGUCAGAGUUUCUAUCUGAACGCAAUAAACCUGCGGAAAGCAAAGGGAAUUCUAUCGAUGAAGCUUUCAAUAACGAACUGGAAAUGCAGUUAUUGUCUGCAAUAGAAUAUAUUCACUCAAAACAUUUGAUUCAUAGGGAUAUUAAGCCAAGCAAUAUUUUUCUGAAGAAAAUCCCUGGGAAGACUCGUCUGUUGUUAGGCGACUUCGGUUUAGCAUGCGUGGACAAUUUAGAAGGGUCUUCUGACUUUGUAAAUAAUCAAGACAAUAUUGUAGAAAAACGAAGACGACGUUCAUCCAUUCAAACAACACAUACUAUAGGGGUUGGUACAGUAUCCUAUGCAGCACCAGAACAAUUGAAGCGUAAAGAUUAUGGACAUAUGGUUGAUAUCUACAGUGCCGGAGUUGUGUUUUUCGAGCUCUAUAGUCAAUUUUCAACCGAUAUGGAAAAAUUCAGUAGUAUAACCGAACUUCGAGAUCAUCAAAUUUUACCCGAAAUUUUGAAGAAGAAUUGGUCAAAUGCUGCGAGGAUCAUAAAAAGAAUGACGGAUCCGAACCCAACAAUGAGACCAACCGCGGGUAGUCUACUGCAGAUGUAUAGAGGCCAGCAUAACAUAACGAUUGAGAGCUUGCAGGAAUUAUUAAAAGAGAAAGAUCGUAUAAUAAAUGAACAACAAGCCGAAAUAGAGGCACUUCGUAGAGAUUUAGAACGAUUAGAGUCUGGAAAUCUAAAACAACAAACGAAGUGA